AUGGCUGCCUCCAGAUUUCAACGUCUUAUCCGCUUCGUCGCACCCACAGGCGAGACACACUUCGGGGAGGUUCCUAAGGACCACCACUGGUCCCAGAGCCUGAUCGGAGUCACGGCGCCCAUCUAUGAGGGAUCAGGUCCCUUUGAUGAGAACUUCAAGCUCAGCGAAAAGAGCGCUGAAGUCAAGGAGCUGCUGAGUCCCUUGGUUGAUGUCCCGUUUAUCUAUGGGGUGGGAUUAAAUUAUAAGCAGCAUGCAGAUGAGGCGGGGGUUCCUCUCCCUGAAGUCCCUAAGACGUUUGUCAAGUAUCCUGAUGCCAUGGCGGGCCCCUACGACGACAUCCCACUGCACCGUGAAGCGCGCGAUGUAGACUACAAGGGAGAGCUUGUCUUCGUCAUGGCCUCGACUGUCAAAAACCUCGAUGACAAAACUAAUGCCCUUUCACUCGUGCUUGGUUACACGAUCGGCAACGACCUCUCCAGCCGCUGGUGGCAAGCAGCCGCAAAGGGCUCGCAGUCCAAUUACGCCAAAUCCUUCGACAAAUUUGCUCCGCUGGGCCCCGUUCUCGUCUCCUCUCAGUUGAUUCCCGACCCAGCUUCCCUCACCCUUCGUACAUGGGUAAAUGGCGAGAAGAGGCAGCAGUCUGGAAUAGAUGACCUGAUAUUCGAUGUGCCGGCUCUGAUCCGGUUCUUCAGUCAGGGGAGGACGCUCAGAAGUGGGGCGGUGGUGAUGACGGGGACACCGGCAGGGGUGGGCAGCUUUCUGGAAGGCGAAGCUAAGUUCUUGAAGGAGGGCGAUGUGGUGGAGAUUGAAGUGGAGGAAAUUGGGAGGAUACGAAAUCGUAUCACUAGAGAGUAG